AUGCUUAUUUCAUUCUUGCAAUUAGCAACAUCAACUGAAUAUGAAACUCCAACUAUGGGGUGGAGUUCGUGGAAUACUUAUCGUGUUCAUAUCAGCGAAGAAUUAAUUAAAAAGCAAGCUACAGCUAUGGCAGAAAAGGGGUUAAAAGAGAAAGGCUAUAAGUAUAUAAAUAUCGAUGAUGGAUAUUUCGGAGGUCGUAAUGAAACGACAGGUCAGCUUUUAAUUAACCCUGAGAGAUUUCCAAAUGGUUUAGAACCGGUAGUCACUCAUAUCCACAACUUAGGUUUCAAGGCUGGCAUAUAUUCAGACGGCGGAAGAAAUACUUGUGGUAACUAUUAUGAUGCCGACGUACUUGGAAAGGGAGUUGGACUAUACGCUCAUGAUGAUCAAGAUGCAGAUCUCUUUUUCAACACUCUUCAAUUUGAUUUCAUCAAAUUGGAUUAUUGUGGUGGCGAUCCAAAUCAGAACUCUGAGAGAUUAAACCUUGAUGAACAAACAAGAUACACAUCUAUUCGUAAGGCUCUUAAUAAAAUUACUCGUAGUAUCAGAGUUAACGUCUGCAGAUGGGCAUAUCCAGGUUCUUGGGUUACAAAGCUUGCCACAUCAUGGAGAAUCAGUUCAGAUAUCGAAAAUAACUUCGAUGCCAUCAAAAGACUUAUCAACGUCAACAUGUUUUACUCGGCAUACGCUGUUGAAGGCCAUUACAAUGAUAUGGAUAUGUUAGAAGUUGGCAGAGGCAUGAGCGAUGAUGAAGACAAGACACACUUUGGUAUGUGGUGCAUUAUGUCCUCACCUUUGCUUAUUGGCUGCGAUAUGACAACAAUUAAAGACAGUACACUCGAAUUACUCAAGAAUGAAGAGCUUAUUGCACUCAACCAAGAUCCACUUGCUCUCCAAGCUCAAUUAGUUGAAACUCAGAGCAAUACUUUUAUUUUUGUUAAAGAUAUACUUGAAUAUCAUAGUACAACACGUGCAUUUGCUGUUUAUAAUCCAAGUGAUAGCGAACAAACCGUUAACAUCAACUUCGAAUCACUUGGACUCUCAGGAAACAUCAAAGUUAGAGAUGUUUAUGCAAAAAGUGACGUCGGAACUUAUCCAUCAUCUCAACCAUUUUCUGUUAAAGUGAACAAGCAUGGCACAAGAAUUUUCACCAUCUCCGGCGAAACGAGACUUGAACAAGUUAGAUAUGAAGCAGAAAACUCAUGGAUUGAAAGAGGAUCCGCAAUCACAUCUGCUCAAGUCGCAAGAGUUGACAGUGACAGCUUAUGCUCAUUAGGACAUAAGGUUACAUACAUCGGCGGCAAUGAGAAUGAUAACUAUAUUGAAUGGAGAGACGUUUACAGCCAAAAUGGCGGAAAAUAUAACAUGAAGAUUGCUUUCUUAUCAGGAGAAGACAGGAUUUUGAGAGUCAUUGUUAACGGAAAGACUAAUGUCUUGAAACUAAACGCAGGAAGUUGGACUGCUGUCGGUACAAAGACUAUUGAAAUCGAACUCCAGAAAGGAUCUAAUGUAAUUCGUAUGGAUAACCCUAUUUCAUUCGCACCUGAUAUUGAUUACUUUGAAAUAACACCAGUAUAA